GACAACGACAACAUACCCGGAACACUAGAGGCUGGCAUUCAAUACUCGGAAAUCCAGCUCGCGACCGCCAACAUGAUCAUUCCAAUUCGCUGCUUCUCCUGCGGCAAGGUCAUUGCAGACCUUUACGAGCGCUACGUCGAAUUAAUUGGCACGGUUCAAGAGAAUGGGGACACCAUAUCAGACGGCGAUGCAAUGGACCAGCUCGGCCUGAAUCGCUACUGCUGCAGAAGAAUGAUGCUUACACAUGUGGAUCUGAUCGAGAAGUUGCUCAGAUACAACCCUGCAGAGCGCGACAUCAUCAAGAGCGGCCAGCGAUAGAAACCCUUACUCCAGCAUACGGGCGGAGGUUAUGAGAUUCACGAGCGAGGUGUUAUGGCGUAAGAAAUCGGCUCGGCUGGCGCGAACAAGGCAUAAAGAAGCAGACUUUCGCGACACCCGUCGUCUGCUGGAAGGUCAAGGCUGGCAUUCAUUCGAGAUAUGCAUUAUCCAGCCUGAUGAAUUGAUCGUUUCUCCUUCUACAAGCGGCGAGAGACUAGAAGUCGCGAUUCGCCGUGACGGUCACAGACGUGGGCAUACACUCGCCACGACUGUUACAUGGGACUGAUCAAGUAUGAACCGAAAUCGACGUUCGAGGGCUAUCUACGUGUUUAUUGACUAGCUCUGAUCACGGAUUGCAGAUUGGUUAGAAAAACGGGUCACCUUAUCUUUUCCUUUUCCCCGACCUUCCCAAGCCCAAAGACCGUCUGAGUGACUAGCCCAUUGUCGGCAGACCUUCCGGGAAUGAAGAGCUAGUCAAACGUGCGAAGGCUGUGGAGCAUAAGUAUGCUGGACAUGAGUAGUGCUGUGAGGCUUCGGCACGUAGCUUUGGCUACUGGUCGGCUCCGAGUUGCUGCUUGACAUGGAACUCGUUUGAGGCACCACCGGACCAGAAGUGACUGGGUUCGACGAAGUAGAAACCUCGGUGCUAGACGGCGUAUGAGGCUGUGGGUGCGAAGUGCUGACGACCGAAGACGAAGACUCAGAAGUAGAAGAGCUCAAGAUUGGAUGCGUAACGGAUGAGUUUCCAGUUCCGUGUGUUGAGGACGUGCAAUCUGGUGCAGGAGUUGUGUGGACGGUCGAAAUGGUUGUGUUCGAAGAGGUAGGGUAAGGAGUGGAGGUGUAAUUGGCGGCCCCGGUGGACUUUGGGAACUGAAGUGCUGCUUGCAGAGUGCUAUUGGAGGUGCUCAUCGGAUGGUAUGAUGGUGGCGAUGGGUGAUUGCCAUGCUCGGAAUGUCGAGAUCCACCAUCGAGGUCAAGCAGGUCAGCAAGACCCCUGAUGAUGCCGCUUACAAUCGCCCAGAUCUGCUUUGGAUACU